CACAUUACACAUAAACAUCUCACAUUCUCUCAAACUCCCUUCACUGUUGUUACUUGAUAACAAUGGCUACUACUACUUCCAACUCGGCACUCUUCCUAAGCUCUGACUCACUGAGUCAUCAUCAUCAUCAGCCUCUUCUGCAUCUCUCUUCCUCCAGAUCUCACUCUGUUUCUCUCCCUGCCAGCAAACGAUCCAAGUCCCUUGCGCUGCGUUGUUCUACAAAUGGCGAUAGUACCUCAUCCGAGAAAGACACCCCAAUCGAACUCAAGUACCCUGCAUUCCCAACGGUAAUGGACAUUAACCAAAUCAGAGAGAUAUUGCCUCACAGGUUCCCGUUUCUGCUGGUAGAUAGAGUGAUAGAGUAUACUCCAGGUGUUUCAGCUGUAGCUAUUAAGAAUGUCACAAUCAAUGACAAUUUCUUCCCUGGACAUUUCCCUGAGCGACCCAUCAUGCCUGGUGUUCUCAUGAUUGAGGCGAUGGCACAAGUGGGAGGUAUAGUAAUGCUGCAGCCUGAAGUAGGAGGUUCUCAAGAUAACUUCUUCUUUGCGGGUAUAGAUAAAGUGAGAUUCCGAAAACCAGUGAUUGCAGGAGACACACUGGUUAUGAGGAUGACUCUUCUCAAGUUCCAGAAACGGUUCGGGCUUGCUAAGAUGGAAGGUAAAGCUUAUGUGGGUGGCGCUUUGGUGUGCGAAGGCGAGUUCAUGAUGGUUUCUGCUGGUAGUUCUUGAUUUCACCCAAUAAUGGUUUCACUUGCCACAUGCUGGUCUUUUAAUGCUUCUUAUGUUAUUCGAAAAGUAGACAUGACCAAGCUUAAUGAUUUGGACAUUUAUAUGAGCUUCUUUUUUCCC